UCUCAUGCGCCACUCGCAUGGACGAGGCGUAGCGACAACUCACGUAUGUUUGCUCUCUCUCUCUCUUGGACUUCGCAGCGUGUUUCACUGAGUGGAUUUCAUGAAAGACAAACCCACGGACGCGAUCAAAACAUCUACCGUCGCCCACGAACGAUUUGGAGAACUUCUACGGAGCAGAUGUUUCUUCUUCCUGUCACGUGACGCGCCUGAAGCCGCCGACUGAAAUGGCGCACAGCGGGUCAGAUGCGGGUGAGACUUGGCCGGACGGAGUUUCCGAGGCGAUGGACCUGCUUCGGAUAGACGUGGGGGCCGAUGUGGGGGAGGAGAGGCCGGCGAGAGAAGCUGCCCUGUUUUCCAGGAAUGUAUUGAGGAAGCAGCGGCACUGGGAGAGGCAGCUUGCAGCCAAGAAAAGCAAGAGGAAAGAAGAGAAGCAGAGGAGGAAGCUCAACCGAGAGCCGGAGGCCGAUAAUCCUGAGUUCAGCAAACGAGUCAUGAAAGCGAUCACCAAAGAGCGGUUGGCCGAGGCCCGGUCCACGGGGCUCAAACUCUGCGUGGACCUGAGCAUGACCGACGGCAUGUCCGACAAGGAGGUGAGUCGCCUCGCCGGCCAGCUGAGGAGGCUGUACGGGUCCAACAAGAAGGCGGCUCGGCCGUUCCACCUCCUCCUGACGGACCUGGUGGAGGGCGGCCGGCUCUACAGAGAGUGCCUUCGGAUGAACGAGGGCUUCCUCAACUACAUGAUUGACAUGACAGAAGAAAGCUGUCUGGACCUUUUUCCUCCAGAGACUGUCGUCUACCUCACGCCAGAUGCAGAAGAAGCUUUAGAGACGGUGGACGCCGACAAGGUUUACGUCCUCGGUGGCCUUGUGGACGAAAGCAUCAGGAAGACGCUGAGCUUGUCUAGAGCCAGAGAACUGAGCGUUCACACGGCGCGGCUUCCCAUAAACGAGCACAUGGUGAAAAACAACAACGCCAAGAAUUUCCACUCCAAGAUCCUGGCAAUAAAUCAAGUGUUUGACAUCUUGUUGACCUUCAGCGCCACCGGCAGCUGGACCGAAGCCCUGCAGGCCUGCUUCCCCCCGGGGAAGGGCUACGCUGUGAAAGCAUCAUUCACCCGCGAUUCACCGUGAACUUUCUCUGCAUCCUCCCCAACUACCCGAGGGGAGCUUUUGCAACUUGAUGAGGAACUUGUUAAAAAAAAAAAAAGACAGGACCAUUUUGUUCGACAUUCCUUCGUGUUGUUUACAUUGAAAAUAAGAAGUCGUCACAUGUCUAUUACUACUGAUUUAGAGGCAGGAAUUUAAUAAAACCAAUGUGCUUUUGUA